GCCGAGGAUCCCAAGUUAGGUUGCUCUCUAUUUGCGCUCAUAAUUUAACACACAGCUUGUCGUUUUCAAUGACUACGCUAGCUAGCACCUCAAGUGGCCCAUCCACAUCCACCACGACCCCCUCGACAGACAAUCACGCUACUAUGCCAGCAGAACUGGAACAAACGCUUUCAAUGCUCUCUGCUCAUCGUUCCGUGUUGGGGUACAUCCUCCUAUCGCGUGGCGAGCAAGUGAGCAUUAUUCGACACUCGGGAGUGGUGUUCGAGGGUGACCAGGGGAAAAAGUACGCCGCUGUUAUCAGAGGCAUUGUUGAGAGUGUGCAGGCGGGACUUGAAGAAGUCAGUGGAGAAGAGAACGAAGGGGAUAGUAUAAGGUUUAUGAGAAUACGGACGAAGAGGCACGAGUUGAUGAUUUCGCCCGAUCAUCGAUAUCUAUUGGCAGUGCUUCACGAUCCAGCAAUAUAGUGAUGGAGUCUUGAAUUCAUUGCGUUCUCGUCAUGUUUCAUGUAGUCCUAGGAUUUCUUUUCUUCUGGAAUGAUUCAAUACUGACAGCAGUUGUGGGUGUCGAUGUGGUAUCAUGAUCAGAACACCCCCUUCUGGAUUGCAUAGCUGCGGUCCCAGGCUGGCAAGGUGCGAAGGCCACCUCAUGAAGUUUUGCAUGUGAAUAAGGAGUAACUGGCAGAUGAGUGAGAGCUCGGUUAGACUUUGCUAUUCAUUUACAGCACAACAGGGUCGCUCAAAGUUGGCGCUGACGCCGACGCCUACAGCUAAUUUUUGGCAGUCGCGCUGUGGGCGUAGGCGUAGGCGGCGGCAGCAGCCUUGAGUGGCCCUAUUAAUGGCUGUUGCUGUAAGUCGAUUCACACGCUGCUAAUGGGUCGAUCGACGAGGCCGAACGGGCGCAGCCUUGUAAGUUGACUGCUGGAAGUGAUGGCGCGUGAUAAUGAGAUGU